GCAUGUGAAGCCUCAAUAAUUUCUCAUGCAACCACAGUGGGGUCCUUCAACUCUUUAGCCACCCUUUUCUCUUUUGUUCUCAUGCCAACCUCCAACCCUUCAAAGAUUCUUAACUCAAAAGAAAAAAAAAACCACAUUAGUAUUGUGUAGAAACAUGUCUCUCUAUCUCCAUAUCUUCCUCUUUACACUUCUCAUUUUACAUGCUCUUCCAGCCACCACCGCCACCGCCACCGCUUCCGCCACGGGUGUUCAUGGCUAUGGAGAUAGGCAAGUUCUCACUUUGAAGAAACUCAAGUGGACACAACAACAAACAACUACAGCAAACUGCUUCCCUCAAAGAUCAAGAACAGAAAAGAAUGCAAUUAUAUUAGAAUUGCAUAACAGAGAUUAUUGCUCUGGACCCAGAUCAGAUUGGAACCAAAGACUACUAAAAAAACUACUUUCGGAUCAAAUUCGGGUCCAUUCACUACAGUCAAGAAUAAAAUUCUUGCUUUCUAAUGGUUUUAAUCAAGAACUUUCACAAGCUCAAAUACCUCUAAAGUCUGGAGCCAAGCUCCAGACUCUCAACUACGUCGUAGCCGUUAGAUUAGGUGGUCGAAAUGUAACUCUAAUAGUCGAUACUGGGAGUGACCUAACAUGGGUCCAGUGUGACCCAUGUGGCUCUUGUUAUAACCAACAAGAACCCCUCUUUAACCCCAUACAGUCACCUUCAUAUAAACCGGUUUUAUGCAAGUCAACAACUUGUCAAGAUCUUGCAGAUGCCACCGGUAGUUCAGGUGUUUGUGGGUUUAAUUCCUCAACGUGUAACUACUAUGUUAGCUAUGGAGAUGGAUCAUACACACGUGGCGAUCUAGCUAACGACAAUCUCGUACUUGGUACUACAUUAGUCAAAGAUUUUGUGUUUGGUUGUGGGAGGGAUAAUGAUGGGUUGUUUGGUGGAGUUUCUGGGCUUAUGGGGCUUGGAAGAAGUGCUCUUUCAGUGGUUUCACAAACUUAUGGUGUUUUUGAAGGUGUAUUUUCCUAUUGUUUACCUUCAGUUACUGAUGAGGGUUUGGGGUCACUAGUUCUAGGGGAUGGAACAUCACUUUACAAGAACUUUACACCAUUUUCUUAUACUAACUUGAUAUCCAACAUAAUGAUGCCCACUUUUUACUUUCUUAACCUCACUGGAAUCAGCAUUGGUGGGGUGUCAUUACAAGAUUCAACUUUUGGUAAAAGUGAAAUGCUAAUAGAUUCAGGAACCGUAAUCACACGGCUUAAACCGACGGUCUACAACGCUCUUAAGACCGAGUUUCUAAAACAGUUUUCAGGUUUUCCUAAAGCCCCAGCCUUUUCAAUAUUGGACACUUGUUUUAACCUAUCGGCUUACGAAGAAGUCGAGAUACCGACGAUGAAAAUGCAUUUCGGGAUGGAUGCUACGCUUACUGUUGAUGUAACUGGGAUUUUUUAUUUUGCAAAGGCUGACGCCUCUCAAGUUUGUUUAGCGAUCGCGGGGCUGUCGGGUGAAGAGGAGAUUGGUAUUAUUGGGAAUUAUCAGCAGAAAAACACAAGGGUUGUAUACAACACAAAGGCAUCUACACUUGGAUUUGCUAAAGAAACUUGCAGCUUGGAUUAAUAUUGAAAAUGGCACAUGCUGAUUCAUAUGUGAUUGUUGUGAAUAUUUCAUCAUUCAAGAAGUUUUUAAGUAUUGAGGUGAUGGUAUAGAUUAUAUGAAUGCAUUUUAUGAUUUAUGAGUGUUAUAAUACAAGUGUUGAAUGAUAUAAUUAUGAUAUAGACUAUGUAUAUCGAAUUUUGUAAGUAAA